CUUUAACUCUAAAUCUGAAAGCUAAUCCAUAACCGUGGAACCUUAAAAACUCAAUUGCAAAAAUAGCGAAUCUUCAACAACGUCAUUUUUCAGCCUCAACAGCGGCACCGUUGGCUGAGAUCGUCCUGUACCUAUGUAAACCUGAAUAAUACUCGAUAUCAUUGCCUUUCUCUCCCCAAGGAUUCAAGCGCAGCAAAGGACCUAACACACCACCCAAGAUGGCGCACCCACGCUGCCUCGCCCACGCCUCCCCGGCGCGAGCACUCCACCGAGUCCUCAUCUCAGACCUGCCCACCGCCGCAGCGCCGUCCCUCGGACGACAAACAGCCACCUACCUCCUCCCGCCGCGGCUCUUCUCCUCCUACACCCAACUCCUCCCCAUCACCACCAGACGACCAAUCCCCUCCCCGCCGACCGCGGCGCAGACCCGGUUCCUCAGCACGACCCCCGCGCUGCGGCGCGCGCCCACCUUCGGGCAGCGCCUGACGAACAGCAACAUCCCAUACAACUGGGUCCGCAUCGCCGACGACGACGGGCUCUCGGAGCCGCAGCCCAUAACCGAAAUCCUCGCCUCUCUGGACCCGAAAACGCAGACGCUGGUCAUGGUCGCGCCCCCUCCCUCCUCCGCCCCAGAAUCCAACCUAACCUCCUCCGACUUCACCUCCUCCCCCUCCCCGUCCUCCCCCUCCGAUCCCGCGGCGCCGCCCGCGGCCAUAUGCCGCAUCUACGACAACGCGACCGUCGCCGCCGCCGAAGCCGCGGCCGAGCUCGCGCUGCGCCGGAAGAUGGCCGCCACGAAGGAGCUCGAGAUGAGCUGGAGCAUCACGCCGCACGACCUGAAGCACAAGCUGAAGAAGAUGCGCGAGUUCCUGUCCAAGGGGCUGGCCGUCGAGGUCGUGCUCGCCAAGAAGCGGCGCGGCCGCGCCGCCACCAAGGAAGAGGCCGAGGCCGUCCUGGCUGCGAUCCGCGCUGCGGCCGCCGAGGUCGAGGGCGCCAAGGAGAAUAGGAAGAUGGACGGCGCGGUCGGCGGUGUCGCCAAGGUCUUCUUCGAGGGGCCUGUCGAGAAGAGGAAGAGGAAGAAGAGGGAUAUAGAGGAAGAGGCAGCGGCAGCGGCGGCGGCGGCGGCGGCGGCGGCGGCGGCGGGAGAGGAGGUGGUGGUUGGGGAGUCCGUUUAGUUGUUAAGACUGCUCGGGAAUCAUUGGGAAAAUUCGCGGACUAUGUCGGCGAUGACUGGAUCCGUGAAGGACCCCCGCUUCAUUGGCUGGUGGGAUGGGUAUCUAGAAGGCUUUGGUGGCGCAUCUACUUGCAUCUAGAUCUCGCCCUACGUUUAAACAACUAAACUUAGAGCCGAAUAGAAGCACGUAAUGACAAAACUACGAUACCUCAUUCGUGAGGCCUCUUACACAUCAAUAU